UUAGCGAGAAACGCAGAGAUGGAAUGUACUGCAGUGAUUCUCGGCUGCAUUUUGUUGGGGUUGCUGGUGUUUGCUUUGUUGUUUAACGUGUGGCGUUAUCAUGCGUUGAAGCAAAUUCCGGGCAUAGAGCCAAGCUAUCCCGUGAUUGGAAACGCAUUUCUCUUCACCGGAGUGGAUGCCUAUAAAAGGUGCUUCCGAAACGAGAACCGGAUGACGAAAAUCUGGCUCGGGCCAAUUCCGGUGAUCAACGUACAACACCCGGAGCUAAUUCAAAAAGUGCUGACAGAGUGUUUGGACAAACCGUUCGCGUAUGACUAUCUGGAGCUGGGUGCAGGAUUAUUAUCUGGACGGGAUGGCCGAAUCUGGAAAGAGCACCGCAAAACGUUGAGUCCGCUCUUCAACACCCGCAUACUGAACAGCUUUAUUCCGACAUUCGAGAGGGCAACCGGUGAAAUUUUAUCCCUCCUGGACCAGGUAUCGGAUGGACGCGAUGUGGACCUGAUGGAGUAUAUUAGCCAGUGCAGUGCCCAGAUGGUGCACGGUACUAUGGUGAAUAUUGAUAGACAACCGGACGAACUGUAUCGGUUAUUAAUCACUAAUUUGGAAAUCAUCCUCGACUCGUUGGGAAAGCGAAUUAUGAAUGGUGUGUAUGCGCUGAAGACCUUCUACAAAAUGAGCACAGUUUACCGCAACGAAUGGCGGUCCAGAAGGUUGUGCUACGCAACGGUGAACGAUGUUAUAAGGGAAAUACGAACGAACAUCCUGAACCGUCCGGAGGGCGCGCCUGAGCAGGUCAGCACAAUGGAGACAAUGAAAUCGAAAGCCUUUGUGGAGCGAUUGCUAACCAUCCAGCACAAGGGGCGCUGUUUUACCGACGAAGAAAUUGUUAACCAUGCCUACACGAUGCUUGUUGCUGGUUAUGAAACUUCCGCUUUACAGCUAACCAACAUUUGUCUAAUGCUGGCGAUGCAUCAGGAGAUUCAGGAGAAGGUAGCCUUGGAAAUAAAAAGUACAUUUGCAACUUUGGAAGCGCCCAUUACCCCGGAGGCUUUGAAGGCUCUUCCGUUUUUGGAUAUGGUGAUUCACGAAACAAUGCGGCUCUAUCCGGUGGCUCCACUGAUUGCCCGCCAGAGCGCGAACCCGAUUACACUAGACGGAGUUUGCAUUCCCAAGGGAACGACAUUCACCAUCAAUAUUGCUGCUCUUCACAGGCGAAAGGAAAUUUGGGGCGAAGAUUUCCUCCGUUUCGAGCCAGAAAACUUUUCGCCGGAAUCGGUGAGCGCUCGACACCCGUUUGCUUUCAUUCCGUUCAGCGCUGGGCCAAGAGUGUGCAUCGGCAACCGGUAUGCGAUGAUUUCGCUGCGAGUGUUUCUAGUCCGAUUAUUGCAGCAGUACCGAUUGAGUACCAAAUUGAGCAGAAAGGAUUUGAAGUUUAAGUUUCAGGUUACGCAAAAGUUGCAUAUGCCCUGUGCCGUACAGGUGGAGAAACGGAAUCUGUACUAGGACUGCUCGUGGCGUGUCAAGUCGAGAGGAUAAUUCGCGGUGGCUUAAAUGUGUUUAACAUUGCUACAAUAACCUAAAAGAGAAGAUUGAUGAAGCGAAUUCAUGAUAGAAUUUUUUAUUGACUAGGAAGUCCCCAACAAAAAUUUGCUUAGUUUCACAAUU